AAGUCGCUGCUGUUAAGAGACUGUGAAUACUUCAGGGCACUUUACUGAUCUGGGAUGGUAGAGUGCCAUCAGGAUGAGAUUCAUGUGAAGAAACUUCCUACUCGUGGUUGUUUCCAUCAUGUUGGCAGUGGCCAGCGGUGAGAGACCCAUUCUGAAUGGUGACGAGAUUCUGGAAGUUAUUGAAUGUGCUGCAUUCGUCCAGGCAGGACCUCUUGCCAAGCAUCUUCAGGAUCUUCUCAACUCUGACAAUUGCCUGCUCAUGUACCAAGCCUCAGCCACCUAUGGUGUAUGGGGGCUCCAUGAGAUGUCAGCACAGUUCAUUCAAAAUAUGCACCAAGACCUGCAAGAAGAGUUGAAGAACCUUUCUCAAGAGUUGAUUGAACAUGUUGAGUCUCAAGUUUCUAGUACAUUUGUAGCUGUUGGAUCUUAUUCCACAUGCUCUGCUGAUGAGCUUCCUCUUGCUGCCACAAGGACAAUAUGUUACUUUGAUGAAGAUGAUCAGGAUUGGAAAGUCCUCACUGCCUUACCCAUGGAGACCAGCACCUCUCUGGUUGGUGUGACCCUCUUGGAGAACAUUGUUGGAGGUGUUCACGGUGUUGAUAAGAAGGCUGUUGAAAGUAACUUUUGCUAUGAUGUCAACACAGACACCUGGAGCUUGCUUCCAGGCCACAAACAACUACAGUACAACUUAACUCUAAUUGGGUUAGAAGGUUGCCUCUAUGCCAUGGGAGGAGAGUCUGAGAGAACCACCAUGUCCUCAGUUGAGAUAUAUAAUGUCACUACAAAGAACUGAUCCUUUGCUGCACAUAUACCGAGACCAGUAGCUGUGGUAGCUUGCAACAAAGCUAUGAGCAGGAUUUUUGUUUGUAUCUGGAAGCCAAGGGAAUCCAAUGAAAUCUCACUAAUACAUCUCACACCAUGCGUGGGUUCUGGUCAGUAAACUCCUGAAGCACCAGAGCUAUGUACACUGUAUGGUGGCCCACAGGGACAACCUUCACGUUAUACGCAAUGGACCCAAGGAUGACUUCUUGCAUUGUUUGAUGGACUGCUACAACAUCACCACAGGCUAAUGGACUUCAAUGCCUGGGCACUACGGUAACAGUAAAGGAGCACUGUUUACAGCUGUAGUGAGAGCAGAUUCUGUGUUCACAGUGAACCGUACAGUGACGUUAGAGUACAACAUGUGGAAACCUCGUAACCAGAUGAAAGGUUUUCCUAGGAAUGGAUCUGUGUGGACAUUUCUACUGAGGAUUCCGAAGGAGAAAAAAGAACCAAAGUGAUUAUGUGUUACAGGGGCCCAAUUUUUGCAAUUUCUGUGUUCUUUUGUUGUGAAUAGGUCUUCUUUGAAAUUAAGCAUGCUUACUUAUAGAGCUGAAAAGGGUACCAGCAAACAGAAUUUAUAUUCUUGUCAAUUUUAAGUAUAUACGUGUUUAAGUUUUCUUUCUAUAGUUUAAGAUCAUUGUUCAAAACUUUUUAUCUCAGAUUAAACAUUUGUAUAUAUAUAUAUUAUUGGCUGAUUUUUUAAAUUAAUUUAUUUAUUUAUUUUUGCCAUGACUAGAUCAGGUUAAUAAAAUAAUUUGUAGCUAUAAGUGGCAGCGUUGUCAUAAAAUACGUUCUGGGACGUUAUGUGACAGUCCCUCAAGAGCAUGUUUGUGCCAUUGGCAAGUCUAAAAGGGCAGAAUUCAAAUGCUUGUCAGAUCCAUGUGACAGCUGAUCCUUCUGCCAUGUUCUCUAUCCUGCUCAAGGUGACAUUUUCAUUUAAUAGUCAUGUAAAGCUUUGAGCUCUUUAAGGACCAUAGGGAAAAUGUUCUUUCCUUAAUAGACAGAUUAAGGUAUCCAUGUCAUAUCAUUUUGAAAUGACUGAUG